AAUGAUUUAUCCGGGAAGGAGAGUGACGGUGAUCGAGAACAAGACUGAGCAGCAAGUGGAGCUCAUAGUUACCCUCUUCCCAACUCACCGUGUUCACAAGAGGAUUUCCAUCGCUCCGAGCACCUCUACUGAAGUCGCCGCCACCGGGUUCUGCUACGCCCCCAGCAAUCCCGAUCGCCCUCCAAUGAUCUCCGUCUCCGUCGACGGCUCUUCCUCAGGCAAGCUCUUGACGCGCCGCCACUUCAUCACCUAUGGGAAGAUAAUUGUGGGCAGAGACCCGGACGGAGGCCUCCUGAUCUCCGGCGUCAAGGCGCGAUGGACAGAUCUCGGCCGGAUCAAGGGCUUUGGUUGUAUCUUUGGAAGAAGCUACGAUGGAUACAGAGGAUCGGACAUCAUCGGAUAAAUCAAUCCAGGGGAUUUUGAAAAAAAUUAAAAUAUUUACCAAAAAAAAAAGAAAAUAUGAAAAAAAAUAUAUAUAUAUUUCAAAAUCCCAUUGAUACGCAGUGGACUUGUAUCAUAUGUAAUUAAUUAUGAAUUACCAUUGUAAAUAUUACAUAAGUGAUAUUAUAACUGUGAUAUUGUAAUGUCACUUGUAUAUAAUACUUUAUUGUAAGUUAUCACUUCCAAAUGCAAAUAUAUCAUAAUUUAUUGUAAAUAUG